AUGGCGGAGGCGGCAGCGGCGCCCGCGCGGCAGCCGCGACGCGGACCCGCGCCCAUCGCCUCCUUCGACCACGACGUCUCCGACGAGUCGAGCCCGGAGACGAAGCCGACGGUUCGCCUGCCGGAGAUCCGCGAGGACUCGAGCGCGACCGCGGCGACGAGCGGCGACGCCCUCGCGCCCCCGGAGCAGCGCGCGCGGUCCCACUCCACGCCCGGCGCGCUGCAGGCGCCGCCCGCGCCGCGCAUCGACAUCUCGCGCGCCUCCAGCUCCAGCCACCAGGACUCCCGGGACAGCUCCCCGGAACUGGCGCUGUUCGCGGGCUCCACGCCCGGCGCCGGCGAGCUCGGCUUCCGCGAGGACGGCGCCCUCGACCUGCGCUCGUCCACCGAGGAGCUCGCCUUCCUCGAGCCCGCGCCCGGCGAGCGCGCCGCCCCCGCGCCGCCGGAGCGCCGGCCCUCGCGCAAGGACAGUCAGGGCUCCGAGGCGGCGCUGCUGGCCGUGUCGGGCCGCACGAGCCGCCUAUCGAGCGUAGGCUCCCAGUGUUCCGCGCACUCCGCGCUGUCCGCGUUCAGCCGCACCGGCCGCGUGUCCCGGCUCUCGGUCGCGUCGGGCGCGUCGCGAUCGCCCUCCCCGCACAGGAUGCUGCUCGAGACUUCCUUCUGCGGGCCGAAGCCCAUCGAGACCGACCCGGAGAUCUGCGCCGCGGCCGUCGAGGAGAGACUGCUCGAGAUCGCAAAACUCGGCACGGAGGGUCAGCCGCCGCCGGCGCUCGCGCCCGCGCCCGCACCGGCUCCGGCGCCGACGCCGGCGUUCGUUCCGGUGCCGCUCGACGCGCGCGACCGUCGCGAGGUGCGCACCGAAGCUACCGUCGAACGCGCGACUCCGCGCCCGACACAUUGCAAGUCGCUAGCUGCCGACGGAUGUUCGGCUCCCGGCGAAUCGACCUCGGCGCCGGCGGGACCCCGCUCGGCGUGCGAACCGGCUCCUCCGCCGGUCGACCGGGAAAAGAACCAAAAAGAAAAGAGGAACAGAGCGCGAGCCGAGGAGCGGCAGGCGAGAUCCCGGGAGCGCCGCGACCCGAUCGAACGCAGGGCGAAGAGUCAGACGAAGGACAUCAUUCGAAUAAGGCUGAAGCCGAGCGACGAGUACGACGACGACGACGUCGACGACGAGGACGACGAUCGGGCGUCGAGCGCGGGGCCCGCGCCCGCGCCGGCCGCUUUCGACUUCGGCGGGGCCGGGGGGCGUCCGGUGCGCCCGACCGAUCUGGCCUCGGAGGCUCCGGCCUCGCGCCGCCCGCCUCGCGACUGUCGGACGCCUUCGCCGCCGGGCGCGGGCGUCUCGCGGAAAUCUUCGUUCUGUUCCCUGUUUAAAUCUCGCGAGACGAUCGCGUCCCCCGAAUCGCCGUCCGACGCGCUCCGCCGCAAGAAGAGCUCGGCCGACGGCCGCUCGAGGAGUCGAAGCCGCGACCGCUCCGCGACGCCGACUUCCGCCACGAAGAUCCGCGGCUCCGUGCUGUCCCUGUUCCGGACGCCGCGGAAGAGCGCCACCUCCCCGUCGCCGAGCUCCCGCGACGGCUCGCCGGUGGUGCAGCAGGCGCGCCAGCUCGCGCCGCAGCAGGAUCGCCCGCGCCGAGGCGAGCGACUCAAGUACUACGAGGACGGGGGCAUCAUCCACAUUCCGCUGCGGACGCCGCCCGAGGAGGCCGGCGCGACGCGACCGAGCGACGUCGAGCGGAGACCGAGCGCCCCGGAGCCGCGCACGCGGGAGCUCGAGGUGCGCCCGGCCUCCGCCCCCCAGCCGCGCGCCCCCGCCCUCCCUUCGAUGUCGACGCCGAGCCCGGCUCCGCCGGCGACGAAACCGAUCCGUCGGACCGUUUUGCCCGACGGAAGCAUCAUCAUUCCGCUUCGGUCGCCGACCGAGAAGACCGCCCCGGAGGACGUCCUCGCGCCGGGCGACCCGCCCGCCGAGUCUCCGGAGGCGAACAGAUCGAUCGAAUCCGCUCCCCGGACGAGUUCCGCCGCCGCGACGACGAGCAUCGAGCGGACGACGAGUUCGGAAACGUCGCCGGUGCCGAGCGAGCGGCCGCCCGGGGCGUCGGUCGCCGCGGACCCUCCGCCGGAUGUCGCCCCGGAGCGGGCUCGACGCCGCGAGCGUCUCGUGUUCACGACCAACGUCGGCAGCGAAGAACAGAAAUUCAGCACCCAGUUCAGCAUUACGAAAACGCCGAGCGUCACGAGCGAGAUAUCCGGGUCGUUUCCGAGCUUUCCCGACACAGAGGAGACGCGGGACGCGCGCGGGUCGACUCCCGCGAGCACCGGGGACGGCGGGGACCGGCCCGAGAGGGAGGCGGGGGAGGCGGGGGAGGCGGGGGAGGUGCGGGCGGGAUCGAGCCGCGCGAGCCCGCAGGAGGCGCGGGACUCGUCGGGCUCGGAGGCGAGCUCGGAGGCGGGCGUGGCGCGCGCGGGCAGCGACGUGGAGGCGCGCGGGCUGGUGGUGCAGGAGUCGUUCGAGGAGGAGCUGCCGUACGUGCCGACCACGCUGCCGCAGGAGCGCUCGCUGGCGCUGCCGAUGGUGCCGGUGCGGGAACGCGGCGCCGCCACCCUGCACGUGGCACCCGUCGAGCGGCCCCGCCCCCCUCACGCGUCUCGACCUUCCUUGCCGUCCGUCCCGCAGUAUGACGUUUCUGUGACGUGUCAUGAUUUGAUCGUCGACCGUGGUGGGCAGGCGUCUCGCGGGGCUCGGACGGUGGUGACGUCGUCGUCGGGACCGGCCGUUAACGCCGACGCUGACAAGCUCCGCAUCAAGCUGCCGCGACGCCCUCGCACCGGUUCCGCGGGAGCGCCCGUGCGACCGGAACGCACCAGGACUCGCAGCGGAAGCGAAGGCUUCGAGACUCGUUCGAAGACGGAGUGGAUCGACUUCUCGGAGGUGCCAGAGCGUCGCAAGCAGCCUACCCGGAUCCAGACGCUGCCGGCGUCACGUGACGUGGUGUUCAACUACGUGGCGCCCGAGGAGUGCCGCUGCGAGUGUCACGCGAGGGACACAGACGCGGAACACAACGGGCCAGGGUACUACCACCUUUACUUUAACGCUGGGGAAGUGCAUUGACAAACACACCUCUUAUCGGGGCUCUCCACCCACUAGGAUAUGACAGUUGUGGCGAUAUAUUUUCGUUUCAUUUUGCUACUUUGACUUAUUUUAAUGAUUCAAAAUCAGCAUUAUAUAGCGAGGUAGGCGCUGAGCGGCCGAAUGGAGUUCUAA